CAAAAACCUAUAUUUUCACCUUCUGGGCUAAAAAGUUUUGCUAUUUUAGUGUUUUCUUCCACUAUGCUUUCAGAUACACUGGAACGAUUAGAUCUGCUCACAUUGCGUGACUGUCUUCCACUUUUUUCUAAAGGUUUUGAUGUAGACAUAAGAUCACACGAAAG